UUCAUCGAUUGGAAAGUAGAUGCUUUGAAAUUAAAAUCCUAUUUAACGAAAACGAGUGGAAUAGUGCAUGAUGUAUAUCAAUCAGUUAAGGAAGUAUGCAAAUAUAUUAAUAAUGUCCUUAUUGUAUAUCCAUAUAAUUCUUUAGUUCUUCUGCUGUGGUUUGUCAUAUAAUUUCGCGACUAGUGUAUUUCGCCGUUUGACAGCUACAUGUAUGAUGGAGUGUUCCAACAACGUUCUGGGGAUAAUAAUUGCAUAAUAUUUAUAAUAUCUGUAUACAUAUACCGAUACAAAUGACUGUGAAAGCUUAUAAAUAAGUUCUUGUUCAACAAUGGUUUCUCGAAGAAGGAGAAUGUCGAAAUGACAAUGACACAUUCAAACGGUCGUGUUAAAAGUGUUACAGGAGAAGUCGUUCCAACACAAACUCACACCACUACAAAGUUGCGGCAUAUACGGAGAAGUCACCCCAUAUAUAAGUUAUAUAGGCGAUAGUCUAGGCCGGAGGGCGGGUGGGAGAGUUGAGUGUGAUGUCGGGCAACAGCCACACGUGGACGCCGCCCAUCACAGGCCAAUACAGCAGCAGCAGCAGCAAUGACAGUGCCACCUUCUCUCCAGACAACCCUGUGUUUGACACGUCCCGAGGCUGGGAUGUGGAGGUGGUGCCGUCUAUCUCCGAGAAGUACACCUGCGUGAUUUGCAUGUUCCUGCUGCGCGAGCCAUUACAGACUGAGUGUGGACACCGUUUCUGUCGACCCUGCAUCACUAGAUGGCUCAGGGAGUCAGACAGCCGGUGCCCAGUGGACAAUCAGCGUCUGGAUGAAGGUCAACUGUUCCCGGACAACUUUGCGAAGCGUGAGAUCCUCCAGCUCACCGUCCACUGCCCAAACCACAAGGACGGCUGUGACCAGAUCAUAAUCCUAAAACAAUUACAGUCCCACUACCAGGAGUGUAGCUAUACGCAGGUACUAUGCAUAAAUGGCUGCUCGGAGCGGAUGGCUCGUGGGGAUCUGGCCGAGCAUCUUGCCACCUUGUGUACCCGGCGACGCCUCAAAUGUGAACGAUGUCACCAGGAAAUGCCUGCAGACAAGGAGAAGGAUCAUGGAGAGAACUGCCCGGAGGCCUCAAUGUUGUGCCCCAACUGUCAACAGUCACUCAUCAGGAGCACGUUGACGAGUCACAUGCUGUCAGAAUGUCCACGCGCUAUCACCAAGUGUCAGUACAACAUGCUCGGAUGUGACUUUGAGGGAGAGAGACAGGGCCUGCCGGAUCAUGAGGCGUCUGUGAUGCCGUACCACAUGUCCCUUAUCAACCAGACCCUGAUGCGUUUUUGUAUCUUGUUUGGGCUCCAACCACACCCGGGCACAUCAGGUCCACGACAUCCGUCAUCCCUGGGUUUCCUGCCGACAGAGAACUCGAUGACAGGCUCGGGGGCUGCCAGCUUCCCCUCAUACUUCCGGCCUGGGGCCCAGCCUUCAAGCAAUACCCUCUCCACACUGCAGCAGUUAUUGUCUCAUGUUCAUGGACAGGCAAGUCCUGGUAGUUCAAGCCCUGCACACAGCCUUCCUGUACAGACUGUAUCGUUCACCAGCGAGGCUACGUGUUCCUCUGUAACAUGUACAGCAGAGGGCUUAGUGCAUGCUUCUCUGGUAGACAGCCUUGUCCCUCAACCCACUGCUUUGACAGAAAUUCGAACAGAGCAGAGAAACAACUCCCCUCAAACUGACGAACAAACAACAAGCUCCACACGAACUAGAGUGAAUGAAACUAGUUUUACCUCACAUCCCAAGGCUUCAGACUUCGAGAACAAUGAGGAAGUGCCGAGACUCAGCAUGCAGGAGCUGCUCUCGAUUAAGUGCCAAAAUGACAUUCAGGAUGAAAGCUUAGCUCGCCAUGAUCAACAGUUGAUGGAUAUAUCGCACCAGUGUGAGUAUCAUGAAAAAAUCAUUCGUGAUUUGAAAUCAAAAGUGAAAACCCUUGAGAGUACAGUGCAGGACUUUGAAGGCAGAAAUGGUAAUGGUGUGUAUGUGUGGAAGAUAAAGAAUUACAUGAAGCUGCGAAGAGAUGCAGAAAAGGGUGAUGUGACGGCCAUUCAUAGUGGAUCAUUUUAUUCUAGUUUCUAUGGAUAUAAACUGUGUAUACGGGUGAACUUAAAUGGAGUGGACUCAGCCAAAGGCACGCAUCUUUCAUUAUUCAUUCACUUUAUGCAGGGAGAGUAUGAUGAGAUGUUGGACUGGCCAUUCAGUGGGAAGAUUGUGCUCACAGUGAUGGACCAAAACCCUAUCUGUGAGAUGCGCAGUCACAUCUCUGAAACCCUCAUGUCCAAACCUAACCUGGCAGCUUUCCAGAAACCAACAAGUAACAGAAAUCACAAAGGCUUCGGUUACAUGGAGUUCUUGCCACUCAAUGUUAUUGACGGCUCAACUUAUGUUAGAAAUGAUACCUUAAUAAUAAGAGCUAUGGUCAUUCCAAAUCCUUGAUUUCUUCUGUGAUAAAUAUAUUUGUGAUGACUAUUUCUAAAGAUAAUUUUUGAGCUCGCUAAACAUUCCUUCCAAACUGUAUUUGCAUUGUUUGUGCUGUGUGCUGUAUACACACUUGUACUUGAGUGUUACAACGGAUCAGGGAAGGAAUGAGAGAUAUCGUGUAUGUUGACUGUUUUACUGGAAGUUGUGCAUGAACUGGACUUGUAUAAUGUCUCCGAUUUUGUUAUGCAAACAGUGAACACUAUGAUUGUCAGAUUUCUGGUCAUUUUACAAAGAUAACAACUAACCUUUACAAUUCAAGAAGUUUUUGUUCAUUUUUGAUUCUGUGUACCUGCGAGAACAAAACGCAGCUGCACGUUUGCAGUCAGGUUCACUUAUUCCCCGCUAUAUUGUUUUUUUUUGACCGAUUUUGGCCCCAUUCCAUGCUGAAACAAAUAUUUAUUUCCAAAAUGUAAAAAUAAAAUGUAAAAAUAAAAUUUAAAAUUUGUUUUGAAAAAAAACAAAUAAAGAUUUAGACACCAAACCAUUUGUUUAUGGAAAAGUUAGUGUAUUCUUAAAUAAACAAACUUUAGCACAUUCUUUAAACUUUUCUGUCUACUUUUUAACAGCAUUCUUGUUCAUUUCGAGGCGAAGAGACCUUGGUCGGUCACUACAUGAAUUUGCCUAGAUCAUAAAUAUAAAAUGUGAACCUUUACAAUGAUAGGCUUUUAUAAUAUUACAUUAAAUAAACCAAGUAUUAUUCAAACAAUUUAAAACUUUGAACAUGAAAUAUAUUGCAAUAACUUUACAUCUUAAAGAUAUGUUUCACUAUAUGAAUUUGUUUUUAUUGAAAUAACCAUAGUUUCAGUGGCAUAAGUCCAAUAACUGAGUAAAUGAUAGCAAUCUAUUCAGUGGCAUAAACACAAUAACUGAGUAAAUGAUAGCAAUCUAUUCAGUGGCAUAAGUCCAAUAACUGAGUAAAUGAUAGCCAUCUAUUCACUGGCAUAA